AUGGGAUCGUCUGCGAAUACAGAGACGACGAAUAUCACCGUCGCGCCGGCGUCGAACCACAAGCAUCCGUCAACCAACGGCGGAGAUGCGAAUCCGGCUCAUACCCCUGCCGCGAUACUCGAUCGCACGACCUCGGAAUUGGAAUCGUCGAAGAAGAGGAGAACGGGGCUGCUUCCGCUCGAGGUGGGCACUCGCGUGAUGUGUCAGUGGAGAGACGGAAAGUAUCAUCCCGUCAAGGUUAUCGAGCGCCGGAAGAAUCAUAGUGAUGGCAACAAUGAAUACGAGUAUUAUGUUCAUUACACAGAGUGUAUGUCGUCUCCUUUCCCUUUCCAAUUUUGUGAUCUAGGGUUUAGGGAUUGGAACCUGAAAUUUCGAAAAAAAUACGAUCAGAAGCUGCGGAAAAUGGAAAGUCUCUGA